UCAACAUCAAGAAUAUCAAUCCGUUCCGGGGAAGGAAUUAAUUCGACCGGCGCAAAGGAUCCUGGGAGUCCACAGGCUCUAGUUCUCCGGCCAAGAUGUCUGACAUGGAGGAUGACUUCAUGUGCGAUGAUGAAGAGGAUUAUGACCUGGAAUACUCAGAAGAUAGUAACUCUGAGCCCAACGUUGACCUGGAAAAUCAGUACUACAACUCCAAAGCAUUGAAGGAAGAUGAUCCCAAGGCAGCUCUCAGCAGUUUCCAGAAGGUUUUAGAGCUGGAGGGUGAAAAGGGAGAAUGGGGAUUCAAAGCAUUGAAACAGAUGAUCAAAAUAAAUUUCAAACUGGCUAAUUUUCCUGAAAUGAUGAACAGAUACAAACAAUUGUUAACCUACAUACGCAGUGCUGUCACCAGGAAUUAUUCUGAGAAAUCUAUCAACUCGAUUCUUGAUUACAUCUCCACAUCUAAGCAGAUGGACCUUCUACAAGAGUUUUAUGAAACAACUCUUGAAGCUCUCAAGGAUGCAAAGAAUGAUCGGUUGUGGUUUAAAACAAACACAAAGCUCGGUAAGUUGUAUUUAGAAAGAGAAGAAUAUGGAAAAUUACAGAAGAUUUUACGCCAGCUACACCAAUCUUGUCAGACCGAUGACGGAGAGGAUGAUCUGAAGAAGGGAACUCAGCUUCUGGAAAUCUAUGCUUUGGAAAUUCAGAUGUAUACAGCACAGAAAAACAAUAAGAAAUUGAAAGCACUAUACGAACAGUCCUUACACAUCAAAUCUGCUAUCCCACAUCCUCUUAUUAUGGGAGUCAUCAGAGAAUGUGGAGGAAAGAUGCACUUAAGAGAAGGAGAGUUUGAAAAAGCUCACACAGAUUUCUUUGAAGCAUUUAAAAACUAUGAUGAAUCCGGGAGCCCGAGGAGAACAACGUGUUUGAAAUACCUGGUCCUCGCAAACAUGCUCAUGAAGUCUGGAAUAAACCCAUUUGACUCUCAGGAGGCUAAACCUUACAAAAAUGAUCCAGAAAUUCUAGCAAUGACAAAUUUAGUAAGUGCCUAUCAGAAUAACGACAUCACCGAGUUUGAGAAGAUUCUGAAAACAAAUCACAGCAACAUCAUGGAUGAUCCCUUCAUAAGGGAACACAUUGAAGAGCUUUUAAGAAACAUCAGAACACAAGUGCUUAUAAAAUUAAUUAAGCCUUACACCAGAAUACAUAUUCCUUUUAUUUCGAAGGAGCUUAACAUAGAUGUAGCAGAUGUUGAGAGUCUGCUUGUUCAGUGCAUACUGGAUAACACUAUUCAUGGGCGAAUUGAUCAAGUAAACCAACUCCUGGAGCUGGACCACCAGAAGAGAGGAGGAGCACGAUACACUGCUUUAGAUAAAUGGACCAACCAACUGAAUUCUCUCAACCAGGCUGUUGUCAGCAAGCUUGCUUAACAAAGAAGAAGUUGUUACUCAGUAGAUAAAAAGUACUUAAAGGCAACAGUGCAGUCAUUUAAUCCUUAAAAAGAACUGUGGAAUGGCAGAGAUAUACUGUUGGUUGGUGGUUGCCCUGAAAAAAGGAAUUUUGGCCGAAGCGCUUUCUGAUCAGCUGGUAUGUUUUUCACUGCUGCAUUUGUCCCAA